UCCUCGCGAUCGCCGCCCGUGAAACGCGCGACGGUCGCCGUUCCCAUCGGAUGCGGCGCAGCGACGCGAGGGCUCGUUCUCUGUGCGCGCGCGCGCGCGCACGCCGUUCAGCUGAUUCGCGGUCGACGAGUGAAAGUGCUCCGAAUACCUGUCGAGCCGUGAAGACCGCGGAGACCUGAUCCGUGUGCGAGCGCGAUGCGUCGAGCGCGAGGUGGUGACGUUCGGCCGUACUGAAAAAGUUCCUAAUGCAACUUUAGGUAGUAGCACGACAAUACGAUACAAAAGCCGAAGGUCGAUUUCUCGUAGAACAAUUAGAAGUGAUGUUCUUCCUGCCUCUCCUUCUCUCCCGUGUUUUGCCUAACUCCUGGUGUACAACGAUGAAAAUAAACCGUAUACGACAGCCUUUCCUUUCGAUUAAGACAAUACAGAAUUUUCCUGAGACAGCAGCAAAAGUGAAUUUCUAUUCUAAUUACAAUUUAUAGAAAAAUAGAGAAUGAAAAGUGAAUUCUUCUAAUUUUGAUAAUAAAUUUAAAUUUUUCUACAUAUAUAGAAGUCAGUAAUACGUAUCUGCAAUAUUUAGAUUCUUCUCGUUUUUACACGCAUUUUAAUUUGCAUAAUUCUUGCUGCAGCCUGUUUCUUUUUCUUUUUGGAGUUCGCCGAUACUUAUGGAGGAGGGACCUGGAUUUUCGACAGUCGUGGCUCCAGGAUAUAUGCACAUUUGGGACUUCCUCUCUCGUCACGUGCAUAUAUAAUGUGAUAAUGUGAAUAAUAUCGUGCGUGCUUCAGUAUGCCCCGUUGUUGACGCUCAUCAGAAUUGUUCCUUUGACAACGCUCCGCCUUUAACUAUGGACCUCGGGAACCUUCUUUCACAUGUGCACAAUACAACGUUACUUAUGUAAUAGUCUGCAUCUGGGCCACGAUUGCAUUGUGUGUCGCAUUUGAUAUCUCGUGGGGAAGACCGCGCAUCACUCACGGCAGUGAAUUUAAUAUGGACACUUUGCAACUGGCUCUGGUGGCCGUCUUUACAUUCGUCUGCGGUGUAAUAUGUACCCUGGCGUUGCAGUUUUACCUGUUCAAGAGGUACUUGGACUCGGGACCUCAGGUCGCUCCGCCGCAGAGGCAGCUGCAGCAUGGCAAGGCGCAGUUACCUAAAGAGCUCGUGGAACAGAUGCAGGAGGAACGGGCGAACUCCAACAACAGCAUGGCCCGUCAGGCGAUGUCACAGGGCAAUGAGAACCUGGCUAUAAACCUUACGCUGCAGUUCCUCUUCAAUGAACUGCGGAACGCUGAACGAGUGCGUCUCUGGCUUUAUAGGAAAUUAAAUAACGAAUUCAAGGAGCUUCUGACGCAGUCGACCACCGCCAAGCUGUUAGACAGUGUGAAAUUGAGAGACUUGAACCUCGGCACGCAAUUUCCGACGAUAAAGGGUUUGGAGGUCGCCGAUUCAAAAAUCGACGCUGACACGGGUUUACUGGAGUCUCUGGACUUGGCCUUAGAUUUACAUUACUCAGGAAACUUUCAAUUGUCUAUAGAUGUUAAGAUGCUGCUCGGUAAAACAGCGUAUAUGGCGUUGCAAGUAAAGCGUAUCAGUGGCAGAGCUAGGCUGCAAUUUACUCGCGUACCAUAUACACACUGGUCGUUGAGCUUUUAUUCGGAUCCGAUCCUGGAGCUGGAAGUGCAAUCGCAAUUCCAAGGCCGUCAAUUACAGCCGCAGAUAAUCUCAAUCAUUACCAGUCAGAUUAGGAGGGCGGUGAAGCGGAAGCAUACCCUGCCUCGUUACAAGAUGCGUUACAAGCCGUUUUUCCGAAGAUUGAACGACGAGGCCGUGGAUCUCUCAGAAGUCGCCAGUACUCAGCUCACUCCAGGUUACUUGGAGGUCGUACUAUUGGAGAUCAGCCGACUAAACCUCGCACCUAUCGUCCUCAACAGCGGCGAAGACGUGUCGCAGAUAGAAGUGUAUUGUACCAUGUGCAUGGAUUCCACGCCGUGGAUCUACUUGACGCAGUACAGCAGCGUCCCGUACAUGGUGCUGGACUUGAUCAUCAGUAAGACGGGCUCCCAGCAGCUGGGCGUGGUGUUCAAGCAGGAGGUCGUGCCGGAGAUCGGCCAGAUGUGCGUGCUGGUCGAGACCAUAGUGUCCGGCAGCCCGGCGGCGAUCGCCGAGAUGAGGAAGGGCGAUAUCUUGGUGGCGGUGGACGGCAAGAAGGUGUCGAGCAUGAACCAAGUAGCGAAAUUCGUCAAGUCCGCUGUACAGCGACGUUUCAUUAUCCGGGUGGAGAGGCGAUACUCGAAGGCGGAUUCAAGCGAAAGAGGGCAGAAAACGGACAACGAGAGAACAUCCUUCACGGAAAGGAAAGCGUCGAAGAGCGAUUCCCUGGGCAGGCUGGACAGCCCGAGCGCGGAAGAUGCCGGAAAGAUGAAGUUCGAGGCGCAGAUCAAGUUCUCCGAUCUACGAGAUUCCGACACCGAUCUCACGGACUCCCGAUCGGAAACCGGUAAACUAUUCAAGAGAAGAAAAAGCAGCAUCCACACGGAAGAGGUCGCCCAGACACCCGACACUACGCCGUCUCGACGAAUCUCGACGAUCUCCACGUCGUCGGCGUCAUCCGGCAAUGUUCAGUUUUACCUUCCGGACGACAGUAACACGUCCAACGUCACCGAUCUAUAUCACAACACGAAAGAGAAAUCAUACGCCUCUCUGAUCACCUUCGAGGAGACCAAGAGCUUCCGGAUCGAUUCUGAAUUGCAGUACCUAAAUUUGGGUGUAUGGGGCCGUGUGAAGGGCGGUGAAACACCACCGAGACUGCUGGGCUACAUAAACGCGCCUGUAAAAUUAAUCUUGGCGCAGUGUUGCACUUCCACGACUGGACAUUAUCUAAAAUGUCACGCCUUGUUGCCUCCGGACAGUGCUUCUUUAGCGACAUCCUACGUAAGACUUCAGGGUUACUCGGGAUUCGAUCCAACGCUUUGUUACGGCGACAUCCUGCUGUCGUACGUAUGGGAAUCUUGUCGGCCGAGCGAUACGGUCAAUGAUUUCGGGAAGAGGGAGAACGCAGAAACUGCCAAAAUUCAACCGACCCCAAGUGAGGAAAUCGCCGACAGAAAGAUGCACGAUUUCAUCAGGACACAUUUCCACAGGGCGACACAUUGUGAUUUUUGCACGAAAAAGAUUUGGCUAAAGGAUGCAGUACAGUGUCGAGACUGCGGUAUGGUGUGCCACAAAAAAUGCGAGAUGCGUUGUCAGUCGUCCGGCACUUGCGGUGCGGAAAGUCUAGCAACGCUAGCGUUAGAGGCCGACGAGAUCGAGCCAAACAUCGGGGAUAUCUCUAGCCCGGAAAUCUCUUUGACCGGAUGCGAAGAUAAUGUACAGGGCGCAAGUAUGAUGGCCGUGAAGGCUAGUAUAGCUAACACUCUAUUGGGCCUGAAGAAGGCUGGAAGUACCAGUUGCUUGGCCCCACCGGCUUCCGGUAUUGGUCUGGCAUCUCGAAGUCUCCCCCCAAGUCCCUGUGCAUCCCGCAAGAGUUCAUUGGCUGGAGGUCUGGGAAUAAGUCCUGACCUCUUGGAGGGUGCUGAGCCAAGUGUUGCAGCUCCACUUAUGGCCGGCGACCUGGACGACGGUCUUAUGUCGAGGGCCAGGGACACCGGCAAGUUCUUAUAUAAGUACUUGGAGCCGCAGGAGCGCGUCGAGAAGAUCAACAUUAUGAUGGGAAAACUGAAGAAUGCGCUAGACGCCGAAACUACCUCAAGAUUGGAGCUGUCCCAUAACGGGGAUGCGGACAGCAUGAAACUGAUCGCGCAGAGCGACCUGCGAGUACAGGCACUAAGCGUGCUGCUUCUGCACUACUGCGCCGGCUUGCAACACGCGCAGGAGGCGGUGGAUCGACCGCAAGCCAGCAAGGAAUCUUAAUAGGAGCGCAUCGAAUAAACACGACAGCUUUAAGAGAAAAUCGCAUUUUACCCUAUUUCUCUUCUCUAUGAAAAAACGAAACGUGGAAAAUGUAGCGAUAUUUGAUAAUGAAAUAAUAAUGGUUUGCUUUCGCCAUUUAUGUUUUAGUAUCCACUUAUUUAAAAUGAGCAACGACUGGAUACUACUAUGUUCAUCAAUUUUAUGAUGUUGAUAUUGCCGAUUUUUAAUAUCGAUUAAUUGUAAUAUUGAAAUUGUAAUGUUAUCAGGCUGUAUAAAAUGCACAGCAAUAUUUAUAUUAUUAUGCACAUAUAAAUAGGGAGCAAGUAUCUAACGGUAUUUAUAAACAUUCCAUCGGUGCGUAUAUCAGACUCAUAAAUUAUAUCUUAUAAUCACUUUUUCUCGUUUCUACUAUUUACUGUAAAAUAUUUUAGAAAACAUUACUUAUACGUAGCAUUAUUAUAACGUUACGUAACGGUACAUUUUCCAAAAUUUAACGUUGAUGUAACGUUAUAAACAUUAAUAUAAUGUUUCAGAGAGAAAGAAAGAGAGAGAGAGAGAGAGAGAGUGUGUAUGUGUGUGUAUAUUUUUGAUUGCAUAUUACGCCAUAGUUGUUCCAAAGCCUAUUCUACAUUAGUCAAUUGAUUAAACACGACUCACACGAAUGUCGGUAAGAAGACAGAGAUGAUAAAACAUAAUUAUUAAUUUAUUAGUCCGAAAUUUCAACAUCCCGUAAUAACAGAUCUUUAGCGAGAAAUCUUUGACAGUUACAAAUUCUAUUCUCAAAAUCUCGUUUUUAGAAAGGCUUUAUAUCAUAAUUUCUACAUCUUUAAUUUACAGAAUUUAAUGUUAACAAUUACAAACGAGUAUGUAAUUAUUUGCACUGUACAGGAUUAAUCGAAUUCUGCGUUACGCACACGUAACUGACACAUACGUAAAUUACACGCAAAUAAUAUAAUUUUAUGUAUCUAUAUUCUAAUAAUUUUAUCGAUUCGCCUGUAAUAAUUUGCGUUACAUAUGUAGCUGGAUAAUACUCAGAGAUGAGAUUAUCGUUCACCAAGAGAGAACACCAAACUCGUUAAAAUUAGUAUUAAUAGAUUGUUAUAAUAACAAUUAUCGCAGUGUGCGUAGGAACGUGCGUGUGUAUUCACGCGACAAGAAAAUGCUUUGGUUUGUGAAAAGAUGUUAUCUAAAAAAAAAAGAAGCUUUCCGUAAAAACGAUUUCUCAAAUGCCGAAUCAAUACAUUUUAUCUGAUAACUAUUUUAUGCGAUAUAUAUUAGAUCCGCGAAUGUAACGUGUGAUGAACAUAUAUUACGAAUUUAUAAGACUAUUUAUCGAUUGAGAUUGCCGAUCUGUAGAUAAUGAUCUGUACCGGAUUGUUGAAUACGGUGCACACGGUUGUGCAUUGCGCCAAAAUACGUGUGAUAAGACGAUAUAUUGCACGUUUCUAAUAACAUUUUCCGACUCUAUGUCUUUUUGGACAAAGCCAAUUUGCGAUCUUAAUCGUUGAAAAAAUGUUUCACAGACGGAAUUUUAAUAUCUAUACUACUUUCUACGUCUCUUAAAUUUACAUUACAUUCUAC